CGAGAGAGUCUCAUAUUGGAACGACCGAGUAAAGAACUUUUAUUUUCAACGAUACUGGUCGAUUGGUACUCACUCGUGCUUUUCUCACUUAUUACAUUUCUGUUUUUUAUUUGAAACAUUUCGAGAGUCUUCAUUCGAAAUAAAUAACCGAGAGAUUCUUAAAUAAAGAAAGAUUUUUCUAUCAAAAAAAAAAAAAAAAAAAAAACAGAGAGCUAAGGAAGUAUAAUUCAUUGACGAGUACACUGGUUGAUAGAAUUUUUCUAGUGAUUUAAUAUUCUACUUUUGAAUUGUGUAUUUCGUUGAUUUUGACACUUUUUUGAAGAAGAGGCAGAUGAAGUAGAAGAAGUGACGAUUUUGGAGAACCAGAAGUAACCAAGUAUCGAUAAUCGUGAUUUAUUUUGUUGAUUCCGUGCAUGGAACGAUGGAGCACAACUCUCAGACGGUGAGGGAAGCCGUCGUGGAGGAUGUAAGUCUCGAAACUGAAGGAGGUAGUCUAACGAUAAAAGACGAGAUGGUUAAUCAAGGAAUUCUUCAACAACAACGAAAACAACAGCAGGAGAUUGGGUUUAUUGUCAAACAGGAAGGCGGGGAUGAUGUGGGCGUGCUAGAGGCGGGUCACUCAGAAAUCGAAAAUGGCGUCAUGCUAGAACCAACCGGAACAGAAGUGAUCGCCUUGAGUGUUUCUACCAGUCAUCAGGAUGAUCGGAAUUCUAAUUAUACCCUUCAUCAACUUAGUAAUCAAGAAGAUCAUAUUAUUUAUGAAAGAGGCUAUUUAGAAGAGGGUUCGCCACGAUUUGGGGGCGGUGACAUUGAAGAGAAGGAGGAGCAGGAACAACAGCAACGAGUCGCUCACUCCCACCACCAACGUCACCACCACCACCACCACCACCAUCACCUCCACCAACAUCAACAGGCGCAAGAGCAGCAGCAACAGCAAACACAGUACGUUCAGCUCGGGCAAAGCGAAGUCCCGGUUCCUGAAGGAGGGGAUAGCCGGCAUUCAACGGAGGUCUCCGUCCCUAGUGAAGGAACUCGUACUGCCAGUCACAUGCCUCACUCCACGAUGCAUCGUUACGGUGGAGAAACGCUUUCACCGAGUGCUACGGAUCAUCCCCAUCAUCAACAACAUCAUCAUCAUCAUCAUCAUCAUCAUCAUCAACAACAGCAACAACAACAACAGCAGCAGCAGCAACAGCAGCAGCAGCAGCAACAACAGCACCAUCAUCAGUUAUCCGAAAUUCAUCAGCAACAACAACAACAACAACAACAACAACACGGUUCUCAUCGUCAUUUGGAAGAUCAACAACAACACCAUCAGGAAAACGAGGAAGAAGUUGAUAGAGUCGGUGGUAUUUCGAGAAGUGCGCGUGGGGAUUUUAGUCUGGGUGUGCUUUUUCCAAAUCUCGGCUCUAACGGUACUGGUGCCAAUAAUGGAAAUGGUAACGCUACGUCUCAUCAUCUUCAUCAGCAACAACAGCAACAACAGCAACAUCACCAUCACGCGGGUGCUCAUCAUAUGGAAGAUGUACUACCGAACGAUCCUUAUCUUCAACAUCAAAUUCGUACAGGAGGCGGUGUAACGAGUGCGAGUGGUGGGGUCACCGAUGGCAAUUCGCCGCCGAUUAGAACGAGAGGCUCGCCAGGUUCCAGUCGUAGUCCACACGAGGAUCAUCUUUCUUCGCCACAUCGACACUCCUCGUCUGAUGGACCUAGUGCCUUCAGUCCGGCUGAUCAAGGAAGACUACAAUCCUUCACGCAUCUUACUGCAAUGCAGCCUCCCACCUCUGUACAAGCUAAUCACGGUAAUCUUCAGGAUACCGAUCGUGUUACUGAUCAACUUUACAUGGAUUCUCUGUACAGUCAUCACACAACUCCUACUGGACAUCAUCAUCAAGAACACGAUCAUGGAUCAUCAACGCCACAUUCACCGGGUGGUAGCCUAUCAAGUUCGUCGUUGUAUCGUACGAUGGCUGGCGUAGGGACGAUUGGUGGUGCUGGUACAGGAACCCCCAGUUACAAUUUGUCAUACAUAACGAAUAGUCCAACGGAACUUUCGACUUCUCCACAAUUGUGGAACGCUCAAGUAACAGGACUUAGUACAACUUUGCCAUCGCUCGGAGAAGAUUAUGGUAGCAGCAAAUCUUCUCCAGCGGUGACUCAUCAAGCUUUACCUGCUUUCUCGCAGCCUUUUGGAGGAAGAUCGAGUUUUCGUGGAUAUUCGCCGCCAUAUUCGUCUCAACAAACGACUACGGGAAAUAAUACGGGGAAUGUUGGUGGUGGUGACGCGACAACCUGGACGUAUGUCUCGCCAUCCAACGAUGUUUCUCUGACGUCUCAAUACGGCGCACCCUCGAGAAGACAAACUGCCAAUCCCCUAACGACGACCACGCAUAAUCAACUCAGUGCUGCGGCCAGCCUCACUGCGAUGCACAACAUCGAGGCGGAGUACUUUACGGAGGGUCGCGAGUGCGUGAACUGUGGGGCAAUUUCCACACCCUUAUGGCGAAGGGACGGUACCGGACACUACCUCUGCAACGCAUGCGGUCUCUACCACAAGAUGAACGGAAUGAAUCGACCUCUGGUGAAACAACCACGUCGUCUGUCAGCUUCAAGGCGCGUAGGGCUCUCUUGUAGUAAUUGUCAAACGACUAUGACGUCAUUGUGGCGACGAAAUUCCCUGGGCGAGCCAGUUUGCAAUGCUUGUGGUCUCUACUACAAACUGCAUGGUAUCAAUAGGCCGAUAACGAUGAAGAAGGAUAGCAUUCAGACUCGUAAGCGUAAACCCAAAGGUGGCAUGAAGUCCUCCGAUACUCCAAUUACUAUCAAACGUGGGAUAUGUUCGAGCAACGACUUAAAGCAAGAACCAACAGACAACUUUGAUUUAAGGAUGGUCCACUCAGUGAUUCCUCAAGUGACAUAUGCCAAUGCUCUUUAUAGUGGUACUCCACAAUCUGGCAAUCGUUUGGUCUCUUAUCGCUCAGCAACACCUAGCGGUCUCUACUACGAAAUGAUUAAUUCUCAACAGCAGCAACAACAGCAACAACAGCAUCAGCAGCUCAUAGAAACUCAUUCGCCGAAAGUCGAGUGUCCCUCACCACCUUGUGCAACUCAUUCACCAGGAAUGAUGUCAGCAGGACAUUCACCCGAUCAUCAUCAACUUACCUCACCUCAUAUUGUCACUCUUGGCAAUUCCUCCCCCAGUUCAGCAGGUAGUAAGAUCAUGUUGGACAAUGGGCACCUCGAGAGAGCCACCGUUGUUUCGAUAUCCUCUUAAAAAUCUCAUAUUAUUGAUAAGAUUAUUGAAUACAAAUCUCAAUUUAUGGGGCUCAUUACAAAAAUGACAAGCUCGAUUUCGUAGACAUCCAAAUGAGUUGUUAUUUAUCGUAAAUAAUUUUAAAUUUGACUCUAAUAGUUCCGUUACUGAUUUUUCCGAUUAUUUAAGUUAAACAAACAAAAACAGAACAGUUAUAAAUAGACUUUCCGAUCACUAUUGACAAAUUUGAUGAGAGUUGAUGAAAAGAAAUCAAAUCAUUAGGUUUGGGAAUAGUCAAAUUUUAAUGUGGGUUAUUCUGUUAUUUGUUUCAUUUCUUUUUUUUUAAGAAGUUAGACAAAAAAAUAUAUUUUAUAAAUACUUUUAGAGAAAAGUACGGCCAGAGAGAGCCGUACAAUGUUUCGCAAUUUUAAAAUAUUAGUUUAGAUUUCAAGUUAAAUGUUGCAACGUAAUGUUUAAUUAUAAGUUAAACUUAAGCAUCUCAGAAAUGUGUGUAUAUAAUGGUUUGGAUGGUGUUAAUUUAGGUUCUUGUAAAUAUCAUUAUAAGUCUGAAUUUGAUGUUGUUCCAAAAUAUACAUAACUUUUACUAUUAUUCAUUUUUUCGAAGUUGAGAAAAUAUUUUUGAUGACCAACUUCGGAGUAUCUACGCACAUAUUUAAAGAUUUUAUUGGAACAAAAAUAAAUUCAUGGUAAUAUUUUGUUUUUAAAAUUUCAAAUCAAAAUUACUUUCUAAGAAAUGUAAGUAUGGUGUCUUCUUUUUUGUACAUUUAUUGAAAACUAGAAAAGCGUAUAUAAAAGAAAAAAAAACAAGAAAAGAAAAGUAAAGCGAAAACAGAAAAAUAUUUAAUUAGAUUUUUUACAAAUUUUUUAAUGAAAAUAUCGAUCUCGUUUCGACUAAUCCGAUGAGAGUUCAAUAAACUUAAGCUUCGAGACGUACGAUAACGUGAAGGCGUGCAAAAGUUAUCGCUUCUUCUUUUCUUUUUCUUCUUUUUCUUGUAAACAGUAGCCAAAUAAGAGCCGAGACAUCCGUUAUAUGUAUAGGAAAUGUGUCAGAGUCAAUGUCAGAUUUUCUCCACAUUGUACUUUUAACUUGUAACUUUUUUUUUUUUUAAAUUUCCCUUUUAUUACUUUCUUUUACUAAAAACAAAAGAAUGUUUAAAAAGCAGCUAGCUUUUCAAGACAGAUAACACAAUCGACUCUGACGUCUCUUUGAACUUUGUAAAUAAUUAUAAAAAAUAUUUUUAAACGUUAAAAUUUUAUCUCUUGACUUUAUUUUUUAUUCGUAAGAUUUAAAAAUAAUUAUCUUAAGAUAUUAGAAGUAAUGUCAUCGUUAUAUAAAAACGAAGCAUAAACUUUCUCUCUUCGAUCGAUUGUUAGAGUACAAGAACCUAUCAAUAAUCUUUAUAAAUAAAAUAAUAGUUUGUAACGAUAUAGUAAAUGAUGUUUGUUAAUGUAGUGACGGGCGCACAGACAUCAUUAAAAAAUUCUAUACAUUUUACCUGACCAACAAACAUGUUAAUAUAUUUCACGUAAUAUAUUUCUCAGAGUGUUGUAUCAGGUAAUUUCAAAUAUUUUUAAAUAAAAGGGUAUA